CCCAACAUGGCGGGCGACGCGCGGAGCUAGGCGGGCCCGUGGGGGAAGGGGCGCGGCGCGGCCGGAUCGCGGCGGGGGCAGCAUGAGUAACAUCUACAUCCAGGAGCCGCCUACGCACGGCAAGGUUUUACUGAAGACGACAGCUGGAGACAUCGACAUUGAACUCUGGUCAAAAGAAGCACCAAAAGCAUGCCGAAACUUUAUCCAGCUUUGUAUGGAAGAUUAUUAUAACAACACAAUAUUUCAUAGAGUUGUGCCUGGUUUUAUAGUUCAAGGAGGUGAUCCCACUGGUACUGGAUCAGGUGGAGAAUCGAUUUAUGGGGCUCCCUUCAAGGAUGAAUUCCAUUCACGAUUGCGUUUUAAUCGAAGAGGACUGGUUGCUAUGGCAAACGCUGGUCCUCAUGAUAAUGGCAGUCAAUUUUUCUUUACUCUGGGUCGUGCAGAUGAACUUAACAACAAGCACACCAUCUUUGGCAAGAUUACUGGGGACACAAUAUAUAAUAUGAUACGACUGGCUGAAGUAGAAACAGACAAGGAAGAAAGACCACUCAACCCACACAAAAUAAAAAUUAGUGAGGUUUUGUUUAAUCCUUUUGAUGAUAUCAUUCCAAGAGCAAAUAAAAAGCUGAAAAAGGACAAACCAGAAGAAGAAGUAAAAAAGUCCAAGUCCAAAGGCACAAAAAAUUUUAACUUGCUUUCCUUUGGAGAGGAAGCUGAAGAAGAAGAGGUAGAAGUCAACAAAGUUAGUCAGAGUAUGAAGGGGAAAAGUAAAAGUAGCCAUGACUUGCUGAAAGAUGAUCCACAUCUAAGUUCAGUUCCUGCUGUCAAAAGUGAAAAAACAAAUGAAGUAGGUGAUUUAAGUGAGAAGGAAGAUAAUGAUGAAGGGGAUGAAAAUGAAAUGGAUGCUAAUGAAGAAAAUGAAGUGAAGAAUCGCAUUGCUAAAAAGCUGAAAAAAGAUUCAAAUGAUAAUGAAAAACUAUCAUUCAAAGAAGAAGAAAUAAAAACAGAAAAGAAAACUACUACCCGCAGUGAGGAACUACGGAAAGAAGCACGCCAGCUGAAACGUGAACUGCUAGAAGCUAAGCAACAAAGAGAAGAAAAAGCUGUAAAACCAAAAGGAAAGGAAGAGGAAGAGGAAGAAGGUAUGUCGAAGUCCAUUGUUGCAGAAUAUCUUCAAGAGAAGAAGAAGUAUGAAGACAUGCGGAAACGGCAGCCAAAGAAAGGGGCUUCUCGUGAAGAUCAGACACUGGCAUUACUGGACCAAUUCAAAUCAAAGUUAAACCAGGCAAUAGCAGAAACUCCUGAAUGUGAGGUUUCAGAACCUGAGGUGGAGGAUGAUGAAGGAUGGAUGGCACAUGUGCUUCAGUUUGAGGACAGAAGCAGAAAAGUGAAAGAUGCAAGUAUGCAGGAUGAAGACACUUUUGAAAUCUAUGAUCCUCGGAAUCCCGUAAAUAAGAGGAGAAGAGAGGAAAGCAAAAAGAUAAUGAAAGAAAAAAAGGAAAGGAGAUGAAAUGAAUGUAAAGCUGUCCAGAGCUGCCUUGGAAAAUGACUGCAGUACAGGAUUGGCCCUUUAGUAGCUGUAGUUCCUAAAAAUAUCACUCAACAAGUGUGAAAAGGAAUUUCUCAAGAACCUAGUGUCUAAUUCUGAAACAGCUUUCUUAUUUGUUUUCUAAAUUGUGCAGUGAAGUAAGCAAGUGAUCUCUGUGCAUUAUGUAGGCUCUCCUUUGACCAUUUUUAGAAUAUGUUUAAGGUCUACAAUUUAAUUACUAUACAUUGAUAACAUGUGGAUAAUAUGUAUAUAUAUAUUGUAAUGAUAAGGUAUAUUUUGUUUGCUGUUUGCAACCAUAUUUACCAAAAUAAAGAAUUUUUCCCCAUUCUUCAAUUAGUCCUAUGUACAGCCUUUUAAGAUUGAAAUGAUAGAAUUUAAAUUUAAAAUGACCUAUUUUCUGAUUAGGGAGUUUUUGAUAGGCAUAUAAAUAUUUGAACAUGAUUAGUAAUUCUUCAAUAACAUUGUGCCACUCAGAAGAUAAUUUUAUAAAAUUCCAGACUUCCAGGACAAAUUUUUAAAAGUUCCCAACUCUUUUUGAAAAAAAACCUCAAAAUGUAACUUUACAUUAUAGUUGCAUUUUCUUUGUCUUAAGGUAUAUAUCCAAAAAUAUUUGGAAAAUAGAGUUAAAAUACAGAUUUGGGAAUGUUAUUUCACUAGACUUACAGAAUUUUCAAAACUAAAUUAAAAUAGCAAUUAUUGAGGGGAGAGAAAGGGGGGAAAGGGCAAUAAUUGAAAACAUGUACUUUUACUCCCAGAAUGAGAACUGGUAUUUCAAGUGUCCUGUAUCUGGUUUCAUUUUGAUUACUGGUUUGUUUGUUUAUGUUUGUUUAUUAAUAUAAAUAUUAAAAUACAGACAUUGCAACCCAAA